AUAUCGUCCAGUGGCCACUGGCAGAUCCAGUCCAGAAGCAGUCGCAUGCCCGGAACCAGUGGCCGGUGAGCCUUCGUGGGAAACGUCCAACACGCAGACCCGUAUCGAUCCAUCUCGGUGUAAAAUGGCACUCGACUGUCAGGCCACGUACAAAGUUCUGGUUUUGGGCGAUUCGAACGUCGGGAAAACGUGCAUCGUACACAGGUACUGCGACGAGACAUACUACGACACGUACACCUCGACAAUAGGUAUUGACUUCAAGCAGAAAAUAAUCAGCGUCGAUGGAAUCCCAAUCAAAAUGCAAAUCUGGGACACUGCGGGCCAAGAAAGAUUUCGAACAUUGACGACCGCUUACUACAGAGGAGCAAUGGGUAUUCUUCUGAUGUAUGAUGUCACAAGCCUCGAGUCUUUCAACAACUUGACCUACUGGCUUAAAAAUAUAGAAGAGAAUGCAUCACCAGAUGUUGUCAAGGUACUUGCUGGAAACAAAUGCGAUGUUGCAAAGCGAGUAGUCGACACUGAAAUGGGUCAAAAGAUCGCUGAAAAUUAUGAUAUACCUUUUUAUGAAGUCUCAUGCAAACAGAACAUAAACAUCGAAACAAUUUUCUUAAAAUUGGCAAGGUUAAUCAGGGAUCAAAGGUCCACACAGACUGAACACUUAGACAGUGGACAGAAUGAGAAUAUACAUUUAGAUUUGAAGUCUCGUCUAUUCGAGAGCAGCAUAAAGAACCAGUGGAAGUGCGCAUGCUAGCUCAAAUGCAUACCAACAUGAACACACAAGUCUCAUAAGUGUAAUUGCUUUUGAGCCACUCGAAAUAUUUCACAAAUGCUAUUUGUUUAAAUUGAUUUUAUGCAGAUAUAUACCGACAGUAAUUUUUAUUGAAGAAAGCCUAGGGGAAAUUUUUUAAAUGGAUCUGUAUGUAUUUUAGAUGUUCUUUAUAUAGAGAGCAAAAAGACUUGAAUAUAGACAUGUACAUGAGGGAUAACUGCAGAUGAAAACGUUUCAAUGAAAAUAGCUUUAAUUAGCUCAAAUUUAUUUCAUUCUAUCUUAGAUGUCUUUUGUGUAAAUAAUAUAUUUAUAAAGCAGCAAGUUGUAAUUAGAUUUUAAUUUAUUUUUUGUUGUCAGAAGUGUUAGAAAACUGUUGUUAUGCUUCUUGUUAAAUCAAUAUCAAUUUUUCACCGUGGUUUUAAAGAUUUCUAUUGCAGAGCGUAUUAUUCGAGAAAUGUACUUAUAAAAUUGUACAUAGUUAAAUUAUUAUGUUUAUACUGUACAUAUAUAUUCUAUUAAACUCAAGGUCAUAUUUUAAAAAAAAGGUGAUUAAUAUUUUCUAAUGUCGCAACGGGUGAUAAAAUUGGAUAUCAAAUUUAUACCGAAUAGGAAUUAAAUCCUAAAUUGUUAUUUGUUCAUAGCAGAUAUUAUUUUACAGACAUCAAAUGUAUGCAUUGGGACCAUCAGCAGCUUGUCGGUGCUAAUUUCCUCACAGUUGUAAAUUAUAUGGUUAUACCAAAUAUACUUUGUUACAACACCUGCGAAGCUUG